AUGGCGACAGAGUGGGAUCGGCUCAGGACUAGCCCGUUCUAUAUCCCCAAACAGCUGCCGGAAGAGGAACAGAAGAAGUUGCGCGAGGCCAAGACCACCCCAAUCCUCCAAUCAUGGACAACGACAGGUUACCCGAUCGUGGACGGCCGGUACAACGACUUCUCCCAGCGCCGUGUCCGCGAGAUCACCGCAGCCGAUGCGUGCGUAUCCGGGCCGCCCACAGUGGACGUGUACUGGCACAACUCGUGGGCUUCGCCUCGCCAUGACGGGUUCUUUGUUCGUCGCGACGCGUACACGGAGGCAGGAGGGGUGACCUCGUAUGUUGUCAAGCUGGGCGACUUCUUCAAGCAGGCGGGCGAUAGGCUGGAGUUGUACUCGCUGAAUAUCACUACGUACUCUGUCGUGGUACUUGUUGGGACGCAGAUGUUGAAUGCAGAGUUUAUGGACCUUUAUGAGGGUUGCGGGCUGGGGACGUGGCAUGGUAGGGGGAAAUCGGUGGGAAAUAGGGGUGUUGAGGCGGCGGGGGCUGCUGGGCAGGAGAAGAACAAGAAGGUAUCUGCUGAAUAA